CCUCUUUGACGCAACUUCCUGUUUGUCCUGCUGACCCAGAAGUGUUUCAUCUCUGCCAAGGCGGCCAUUCCUAUUUCAUGGUGGUGACCCUAGGGGUACAGGUGUUACAUCUGCCCUAGGCUGCAAUCUCCCUCUACCUGAUGGGUGGCUGGUCACGAUCAUCGGUUUUGGGGCUAUAUCGAGCUCUGCUGCGGGCAGGACGCCACCUUCAGUACACUGACAGAGAUUAUUACCGCUCUGUUGUUGCACGCGAGUUUCGCCGCAGUAAGAACUUGUCCUCUCUGGAGGAUAAGGAGAGAGCUUUUCAGAAGGGACUGUUCUUCUUAAACACCAAGCUAGGUGGACUUGUUUAGGUCAACAAAUUGCAAAGCAAUAAGCUGGUACCAAGAAUUUUUAACCUAAUGGUACUCAUUUCUUCCAUAGUUCUAAAUGUUUUCCUGUUCUUAAAUUGUCCUGUAAUAAUUUCUAAUCAAUAGCAAAACAUGCUUUCACACAGAGUGCAAAAGUUAAAAUGUUAAAAUAAUAAAAACUACUUACCAGUAGGCAAUAUAUUUUGUUAUGAGGCAAAAUUUCCCCCUAAAACCUAAUCAGUUUUUACUGUAUAAACGAUGUGUGAUUGGCUAUGAAUAUUAACACGCUUUCUGUGGUAGGAAAGUAUUUUAUCAAAAUUAUCACUGCUGCCUUUGCUGUAUCCAAGCAGUAUUAGGCUAUGGCAGGAGUUAAUGGCAGCCAAAAAAAUAAAAAGGAGGACAAUGGAAUUGGCACGGCUAUUGACUUUGUCCUGUCCAAUGCCAGACUGGUACUGGGUGUUGGCGGGGCUGCAAUGCUGGGAAUUGCAACACUGGCAGUUAAGAGGAUGUAUGACCGUGCUAUUAGUGCGCCAGCCAGCCCCACAAAAAUUGGUCAGUCAGGGAAAAGAAGCUGGGAGGAGCCCAGCUGGGUGGGAUCCUCUCCCAGAUUGCUAAACCAGGACAUGAAAUCUAACUUGAGUAGAUCCUUGCAAACACUGCCUACCAGUACAUCUGCAUUUGAUUCUGACUCACUACCUCCACGUUUUCCAAAAGGGGAUGUUUCUAGUGUCAAGAAGAAGAAGAGUCAAGCAGAUCUCCAAAAAGCCCGUCUACGAUUUUCUCUUCAGGACAAGCUGUUUAGCUAUUAUCGUCGGAAAGUAUCCAUUUCGGAAACAGAGCAGAACCAAGCCCGCCAGGCAGCAAUGGAUAUUUGUUCUGAAGUACGCACCUUUCUACGCGCCAAACUUCCCGAUAUGCCACUUCGUGAGAUGUUCCUGAGUGGCAGCCUAUAUGAUGAUCUGCAGGUGGUUACUGCAGACCAUGCUCAGCUUAUUUUGCCCUUGGUCCUGGAGAAGAACCUUUGGUCACCCAUACCAGGUGAGGAGACCAUCAUGAACGUACCUGGCUUCUGCUUGAUCCGGCGUGAAAAUCUUGAGUACUUUCCACGUGGGAACAGUUACUGGGACCGCUGUGUCGUGGGUGGUUACCUUUCCCCUCGCACAGUGCUGGAGGCUUUUGAAAAAGUGGUUUGUGGCACCAUCAACUGGCCAGCCAUAGGUAGUGCAUUGGACUAUAUCAUCAGACCUGUGCUCCCAACAGAGAGCUUGACUCUGGAAAUACAGUAUGAAGAGGACCGUAGGUUGUACGUGGAUUUCCUUCCACUGGUGGUCUUUGAUGAUAUCUUACUUAUUGCUAAGCCUCACCGAAUAAUCAGGCAUGAAAACAUGUGGCGUCAAAGCUUCCGGACUGCUGAAACAACACGGCUGCGCAGCCUGGAUCAGGAGGAUGGUGGCUGUCGCAGUCUGUGCCUCAAAUUGCUUAAAGCCAUCUGCAAACUCAAUCCAUCUCUUUCAAAGCUGAAUGCCAGCCAGCUGACCAAUGCCAUUCUCUUAGCCAGUGAAAAGGAAAGGGACUGGUCUCAGGAAGCCCUGGCAGACCGGUUUUUGCAGCUCCUGCGAGAACUAGUUGGUUACCUGGAGGCAGGACACCUGCCUUGCAUGCUUUGCCCAAAGGUGAAUCUGUUUUCUGAGCUCACACCUGAAGAGGUGGAUGAACUUGGAUACACCCUAUACUGUUCCUUGUCCGAACCUGAAACCUUGCUGCAAACAUAAAUGAAGAAGGAGGUGCCUGCAGUCUUCUAUAUGUUGGAAACAAGAGUCUAAAUCUCACUAACCUGCAGACGCCAUCACAUUUUGCUCUCUUACUUUGCAAAAUACAUAUUUAAUUUAAAAUGCUUCUGACAUUGAAAUAAAUUUGAGUCCUAGCCUGUCUUCACAGUAGAGGAGCAGAAAAAUCUCCAGUUAGCUAGAUCAGGGGAUUUGGUUUUAUGAGAGCAGAAUAAUGUCAGGUUCUCCACAACUCUCGGCAAAACACUGUGCAACUUCCGAACAUCUGCAAAAACAUGUUAAUAUUUUGCAUGGUAUUAAAUCUUUUAUGAAGACAAAAGAAAUCAGACCUCAAAAUCAAAUCAUUGACCGCUUUGUGUAUUCAGUUAUCAAUUGCUGGUGUCAUGAUAAGCAAACUUGGUCAUGGUAAAUUGAGUUUGCAUUUUAGUUUUCUUCCCUUUAAAACGUCGACUGCUGCUUUCUCAUUAGUCUCGUAUUUUUUUAUGUGUGUACCUUUUACAUAACCAUUUUGGUAUACAAGCAAUAUUUACUAAUCUCUGUAUCUGUCUUGUGUCUAUAUGUAUUCCAUUUUUCAGAUGGCCCUUUGUAAUGAACUGUAUUUGUUUCACCUAAAAACUUCAUUAUACUGUCAUAUUUAGGCACUCACACAUUUUCUUCUGACUAGUCCUAGGAUGAGAUGGUAGUUGUACAGUGUGGUUACUGAGUGAUUCCGAAACACAAUGUAGAAGGUUUUUUUUUCUUCAAUCUACCCUGAUAGAAAGAUGCCGACAAAUCCAAAGACUGGUGCCAACCACCCACUACUUUGCUAAUGAAUUGUGCUGACUUGUCCUGCACAUUGCAGUCUUUGUUUGUGUUUCUACAGAUAAUCACUUACCUCUUACACAUUACACUGUAAACGUAAACACAAUAAAGCCAUGACAAAGCCGAGAGUCUAGUGCAUACGAUUUUUCAACGUGAAACUGUAUCAUAGUUAUGCGAGAAUUUGAGCUGAAAUUCACAACAGAUCGGUAGAUCCAUGAAGUAUGAAUACUCAAGCUGCUCAUGUGUAGGGAAGGAAUACAUUCCAGUCUUUUUCAAAAAAAUGUUAAGGCGACCUAAUACGCCACAUAGCCUCAGAAUGGUGCUCUACAAGCCGGGCAUUGAAAGCAAUCCCAUGUAAUCUUAUAUUUGAAGGCUGUCCUACAGUAAAUAACAAGCAAAAUGCACUUUUCUUUGAAACAGAACAAGUAAUGUUAGUUUUAACUAAGCAUCAGGAGUUUUUUCUCAAGAUUGUGUGUCCUCCCCGUUGGGUGCAACCAAAAUGAUUUUUUCAAAUGUACACCUCAAGACUUGAAUGUGGAAAAGUCCUUUAAAGACAAAUAUGUCUGCUUUUUUAAGUAUUAUUUUAUUUGCUUGUUUGUAUGGCUGCUACUGUCAUUCUGACGCCCCCCAUUCCCCCCUCCCACCUUUUUCCUUUUAAACUUGUCCCACAUGCAUGGCCAUAGUCUUGAGCGCCUGGGAUUCACACUGUGAUUGAUUGGGCCCAAUUUGUUCAUUUCACUUUCUCUGAUAAUGCAGCCAUUCUUUUAUUAAUUUUAAUGCACCUUCAAACUCGAGGGGUCCAGUAUCCAUCUUCUGAUGUUAAUUUUUUUUUUAAGCAGGUGUUGGCACUUUCUAAAAGAUGAUAUAGAAAGACUAUUAUGUAGGCACCUGGUGUUCUGGGUAUUUAGUAUUGGAAUAACUAGUGGUGUGAAUGAGAUGGGCUGUCAAUGUUACCUUUUUUGGGUGUGUGUGUGUGUGUGUCUUACAUUUAUUGUGUGUGCCCAGUCUGGGAUUUCAGAUUGAAGUUUGAAUCAGAAAAACCUACAGCUCUUAUCCCAACAGUAUUUACUUAAAAAUCCAUUCAAGCAAGAUGUCUGAAAUGCACUGUGAAAACCAAUAAAGUUUAUUUUCUUUUUAAAAAUG